AUGGCUGCCAUCUGACUGAGAGAAUUUGUUGAUCGGCGCCCAGUGGUCCCACCCAGUUUAUUCAUUGUCCAUCAAGGAAAGGAUCUCCAAGGCUAUUAUCCUGGGCAACUAGCAAGAUACCAUUUGGCCCAUGGUGUGAAGAGAGCCUCCAGACCACUCAUAGACUUGGAAAUGCCACCCAAGAGAGAAGGUCCGUAUCGGCCUCAAUUAGACCAACAGACACUCAUUCGAUAUAUUUGCUUCCGAAGACAUUCAAGGCCUGCUGAACCAUGGUAUAAAGAAACCACUUACCAAAGAGACUAUUCUCUGCCAUUUUAUAAGCUUGAUUGGGACCAGAAAUUGGCCACUAUUGCAUUGAAUCCUCGACCACUUAAUUCGCUGCCAGCACUCUGCAACUGUGAGGAAAGAAGUGGCUUUGAAAGAAGUGCUUUUAAGCCAAGAUAACCAUGAAGUUCAAACAAGCUCACAUUUGGUCCCUUUGAGAAAGGCUGGAAGAAUAAUUAACAGCACAAAGUUUC